AUGGGCAUGACAAAAGGCAAAGGCUACAAGGGAGUGACCAGUCGUUGGCAUACAAAGAAACUGCCCGAAAGAAAGACCCAUCAAGGGCUGUGCAAAGUUGCCUGUAUUGGAGCUUGGCACCCUGCCCGCGUAGCCUUCUCUGUGGCUCAAGCUGGGCAGAAAGGCUACCAUCACAGAACAGAGAUUAACAUGAAGAUUUACAAGAUUGGUCAAGGCCACCUCAUCAAGGAUGGUAAACUGAUCAAGAGUAAUGCAUCUACUGACUAUGACCUGUCUGACAAGAGCAUCAACGCACUGGUUGGCAUUGUCCAUUAUGGUGAGGUGACCAAUGACUUCCUCAUGCUCAAAGGCUGUGUGGUGGAAACUAAGAAGCUAGUGCUUACUUUUCGAAAGUCCUUGCUGGUCCAGGCCAAACAUCAGGCUCUGGAGAAAAUUGACCUAAGUUCAUUGACACCACCUCCAAGUUUGGACACGGUCACUUCCAGACCAUGGAGGAGAAGAAAGCAUUCGCGGGACCACUCGAGUUAGAUCGCACUGCCAAGAAGGAAGGUGCUUGAUGCCAGGAGAACUUUGUGAAGCUGGUGGGGUCUUGUCAAUAAAAUGUUUCCAGUAAAAAAAAAAGAAUUUUGCUAUUAAGUACUUUCAUGUCUAAAUUGAUAAGACUAGUUUUACCCUAAUUCUUGACAUAGAAACCUGCUUCUACAUAGUGAUUAGGUAUA